AUGGCGUGGCAGCCCGGGGCUGGAGGGGGCGGCGUAGGAAGCAUGGCCGGCGGAGAAGCGAACGGAGUGCAAGCAUACACCCUGCAAGGUGUGAUGCGAUUCUUGCAGACCGAAUGGCAUCGACAUGAACGAGACAGAAAUGCCUGGGAAAUCGAACGCGAAGAAAUGAAGAACCGAAUAGCCAUCCUGGAAGGAGAGACGAGAACGAGCAAAGGCAUGCGGGUUUCCCUGGAACGACAUGUCAAAUUACUGGAAUCAGCUCUCAAGAAGGAGCGGGAGAAGGCCAGAAAUGCCAGCAAAGGCGAAAUAUCUGACAGUCACAAGGAGGCCAAAGAACUGGCCAGAGAAGAGUUAAAAGCUAUCGGCAAGGAUUCGCACGUCAAAGGGAUCAGCCAGUUCGAUGCAGAGAUCGAUCCCGAGAACCACCUGGCCCAAGGGAUUCGACAAGAGAAAGAACGCGACAAAUCCAAGAGCUUUCUCUCUAAAUGUUCUUCGGAAAUCACCUACCACGUCCUCCCUACGGCCCAUGUACCACCUGAGGCUAACGACCUUGCGGCCUCAACCAACGGAAAUCAUGGUUUCCAGGGGCGGCAACCAACGCAACAAGAGCUGCAAGAAGCAUAUCUACAGUUGCAACAAGUGAAACAGCAGCAUCGAAACGUGGCCAUGGUUCGAGAAAAUGCUGCUCAACAACCGACGCAGUUCGCCGAACCUACACCUCUGAGUCGGACGAGCACGCAGAUCAAUACUUCAGAAAUACAGGCCGGUGCAGUUGACAGGAGAUUGCCUGAACAUAUCGCCCAAUCUGUCCCCGUAGUGGAUCCUAGGAAGAAUUUCUACAAUGAGCAGAUCCCGGUGGUUGAGGAUGAAGUGGAAUCGAUAACUCACAGCUUCGACGCUUAUGGACAAGAGAUUCCUCUUAAAGACCAGACUGAGAUACGACCGAUGGAUGAACCCAAGCAAGAAAUUGCGGACGGAUGGGAUUUUGAUGAUGGACCAGCCGCUUCCGAAAAGCUGUCUGAAGGAGCUUCACCGCACAGGCCGGACACUGAAGUCUUCCCAAGCGCCAACAUGAUUCCUUCCAAGUCUCCGCCUCGAGCCCCCGGGUCCUAUCGGCGAAAGAGCACGGGAGCAAGACGGCGCAGUGAGGGUAGCAAUGAUGUGCGGGAAUUAGCAGUCAAGCCCGAUGCCUCACAGUUCAAAGUUAGGUUUGCUAUGAGAGGCCAUCUGGAUGUCGUCCGCUCAGUCAUUUUCACGGGCGGCGGCAGCCCAUCCGAGCCUGAAUUUUGCACAGCUAGCGAUGAUGGUGGAGUAAAGAGAUGGCACAUUCCGGCGUCUUAUGGCCACACUGUUUCUCUUGGGGACGAUUUGGACAGGAUCGCUCAUUUCACUCACCGAGGUCAUAUCGGCGCUGUCUGUUCGUUAGCAGCAUGUCCGGCGUCCAAUUUCUCCAGCGGCGGCCGGGCUGUGGGAGAUGGCUGGAUCUUUUCUGGUGGUGAGGAUGCCACCGUCAAGGUCUGGGAACGUGGCCGGGUUGACGCAAAGGCCACCUUGGAGGGCCACAAAGACGCAGUCUGGGCGUUGUGUUGUCUACCAGGAACAACAGGCGCCAUUCUCGGAGAUCGCUCUUCACAAUUUGGCGGACCAGACCGUGUCCUCCUCGUGGCUGGCGGUGCCGAUGGCACCAUCCUGAUCUGGGCUGUGAGCACGCCACCGCAACUGAGCUCGCCGCAAGCUGGCAGUCGGUCAGCAAGGGGCAGUCGAAGAGCGAACUCGAUAUCUGCAGGCUCGAAUUUCCCGAGCUCGCCUCAACCGAGCAUUGCCAGUACGACUCCUUUCAACUACAGUUUAGUGCAUCGCAUAGAACGGGCAGACAAACCGGCGCCGACAUCGAUUUCUCCGUUGGGCGCACAUGGGGAGAAUUUUGUUGUAGGAUAUACGGACGCGAGUGUCCUCGUGUUUGACACGCGGACAGGUGAAGAAAUUGUCGGAAUGGCCAGCCAGGAGACUUACGAUGGUACUCCAAACACGGGUAUCAAUGCAGUUGUCGCCAGCAACACGGGCUUCGACACAAGAGAUUCGGUUGCACCUGGCCGACGAGGAUCGAUGGGUGAAGAAGACGUUGUACACGGAGCGACGGGAUCAGAAGGCGGUGUUGAAGGGGUCGUGAUUGCUGGGUAUGAAGAUCGGUACAUUCGUUUCUUUGAUGCAAACAGCGGUACGUUGUCUUUCACUUUUGUCUAA